AUGCUUUCUACUGAACUUGCACUUCGAAAGAUCCCAAUCCGAGUUAACACCAUCUCUCCUGGACCGUUCCCUACCGAAAUGACUGGGUCGGAGGGCUCGACAAUUCCGGCUGACGUUGUGGAGCUAAUUACUAAAGGAAUAACAAAAGUUCCUUCCUCACGGGGUGGCCUAGACAAGGAUAUAGUCGGAGCGGUAGUCUACCUCGCAUCUCCAGCAUCGUACUAUGUCAAUGGCCAGGUCAUCACUGUUGAUGGUGGUUUCCUUGCCGUUAACCCUGCGGUAGCUUGA